AUGACUGCCAGCGGAGCCCUACCGGAGGCAUUGCAGAGCACCCGGGAUCCGCGGAGCACAAAACUGCAAACGAUCGGCGAAGAUUUUUGUGGCCUGGACGUGAACACUCCUCUAGGCGGCGAACAACCUGUGUCUGCGGUGCCCGUUCUUCUUUUUGACACUCGUCUGACAGCCGUGGUGGCCACAUCGACCGGAGAUUUCACUGUGGUCUUCAUCGGCACGGCCAAAGGGCAUUUGAAAAAGGUUGUGGUUGAGUCAUCGACUUCUGCAUUGGAAUAUGGCGAUUUGGUGGUCGAGGAAGAUUCCCCAGUGAAUCCUGAUCUGCACUUUGACUCUCAGUCUAUGCAUCUUUAUGUGAUGACGGAGAAAAAAGUGUCCAAAGUGAAAGUUCAGGAAUGUACGGUGUACAGAAAUUGUCUGGAAUGUUUGGGAGUAAAAGAUCCAUAUUGUGGAUGGUGUUCCUUAGAAAAUAAGUGUAGCUUACGUUCGGAUUGUCAAGAUGCUGCCAAAGAUCCCCUUUAUUGGAUAAGUUACAAGAAUCACUUCACUGCCAAACUCUCGGUGCGAACGACUUCCGGACCGGAUUUCGUGGCCACGAAUUUCACGUUCUUCGAUUGCAACACGUACAGCUCUUGUACGCAAUGCGUUUCGUCGUCUUUUCCCUGCGACUGGUGCGUGGACGGCCAUCGAUGUACGCACGAUACAGCAGAGAAUUGCAGGAACGACAUCCUCGUGACGGGAGUCAGCAGAGCCGGUCCUAGCUAUAGAUCAGGUCCGGCCUUCUGUCCGACCAUCAACGCCACAGUCGGUAAUUCCCCGGAGAUCCUGGUGGCUUCUGGCAUCAAGAAAGCCAUCAAAGUCAAAGUCCACAUCAUCGGCCAGUUCAUCGUGCAGACGAGGUUCGUCUGCCAGUUCAACAUCGAAGGGCGAGUGACCAGCGUCAACGCGCAGCUGCUCGGAGACACGAUCUACUGCGACGCCAUGGAGUUCUCGUACACUUCCAGGGCUCCCAACAUCACUGCUACUUUUGCUGUCAUUUGGGGCGGCUCCAAACCGCUGGACAACCCGUACAACAUUCACAUUGUAAUUUACCGGUGUAGAGACAUGGCCGACAACUGCGGCAUAUGUCUCGCUUUGGCUGAGAAAUAUGACUGCGGCUGGUGUCAGAGCUCGGACCGCUGCGAAGUGAAGGACCAGUGCGAGAAGGGCUCGGCCGUGUGGCUGAACAGAAGCCAGACUUGUCCCAAUCCGGAAGUGACUUCUUUUAGUCCGGAGCUGGGCCCUUGGGAGGGUGGCACCAACAUCACCAUCCAGGGCAUCAACCUGGGCAAGAACUUCCAGGAUAUUUAUUCGGGGAUCAGCAUCGCCGGGAUUUCUCCGAAGUGGGGCCCCAAAUCUGGAGGCACUAUGCUGCAGAUUACUGGCGAAUACAUGAAUGCUGGUAGUAAUAUUCAGGCCUUUUUGGAUUUUCUCCCCUGUAGGAUAGUCUCAACCGAUCAGAAUCAAGCGCUAUGUAUAACGAGCGCUUCUAAUUCGACCACGAAGAAGAAACUCAGGAUGAAGUUUGACAAAGGCGAUAGGUAUUUGGAGAACAUGAUGUUCGAGUAUGUGGAAGACCCAGUGAUAGAAUCUGCCGAAUCCGGGGUGGCCAGUCAGAUAAAAGUUCCUAAAGGGAUACCAGCCGGUGGUAUCAAGAUCUCUGUUACAGGAAGAAACCUCGCUUUCAUACAAAAACCGCAGAUGUACGUUUUCUACGAGCAAAAAAUGUUUAUCAGCGAAUGUAGUGUUUUGAGUAACACCAGUAUGACUUGCAACAGUCCAGUGAUAGAUGCAGCUGAGGAAGUCAAAUUGGAUGCUGAUAAUCCUCUGAAAUUGGAAUAUGGAUUCCGUAUGGAUAAUGUAACUGGAGUACAGAAUUUAACGCUCAACAAGGAAUUCAAUCCGUUUCUGUUAUAUCCCAACCCACUUUUCAUACCAUUUGAAAAGGAAGUAAAAUAUUAUAAGUCGGAUUAUUUGAACAUCAACGGUCAAAACAUCGAUCGAGCCUGCCAAGAAUCCGACGUCCGCGUACUGAUAGGCAAGAGCACCUGCAACGUGACCUCCCUCUCGCGCCAACAGCUGACUUGCCGACCUCCGGAGAGCCAGCCGCAGGCGCUCAACGACCUCGGGCUGCCCAACGGCGAGGCCCUGCCCGAGGUGGUGGUCAUAGUGGGCGGCUCCCUGCGCUACAACAUCGGCGUUCUGUCCUAUUCGUCGCCGCAAGGGCUCAACGGGCCGAUAACCAAGCCGACGUUGUACGGGAUCAUCAGCGUGGGGUCUACCAAUGGAGCUGGCUUAAAAACGCUCGAAUCUUAUAGGAGGAAAUCAACCGAGAGCAACAGGGUGUUGAAGAACAUGCAAGAACAGAUGGAUAUAUUGGAGCUGAGGGUAGCUGCCGAGUGCAAGGAAGCCUUCGCCGAGCUGCAAACGGAAAUGACCGAUUUGACAGGAGACUUAACGUCCGGCGGCAUUCCCUUCCUGGAUUACAGGACCUACGCCAUGAAAAUCCUCUUCCCCAACGUCGACGAUCACAUCGUUUUGCAGUGGGAGAGGCCCGAGCUGCUCUGCAAGGAGAAGGGCCUGCGCCUCUUCGGCCAACUCAUCAUGAACAAAACUUUCCUGCUUCUUUUCAUCCGAACUCUCGAGAGCAACCGGUACUUCUCGAUGAGGGACAGGGUCAAUGUCGCCAGCCUCAUAAUGGUGACUUUGCAGAGCAAGAUGGAGUACUGCACGGACAUCCUGAAGACGCUGCUCGCCGAGCUGAUCGAGAAGUGCAUGGAGGGCAAGAGUCAUCCGAAGCUGCUGCUGCGCAGGGAGUGCGCCGGCGAGCCGCUGUUCAUGCUGUUCCGGGCUGUCAAGCAGCAGGUGGACAAAGGGCCGGUGGACGCGAUCACCUCGGAGGCGAGGUACUCGCUCAGCGAGGAGAAGCUCAUCAGACAGUCGAUCGAUUUCAAGCCGAUGACCGUCUAUGUUUCGAUUUCUCAACAACCAAUUUUCGGAGGAGGUAUCGACCACAACACAGACAAUGUUCCGGUGAAGGUUUUGGAUUGUGAUACGAUCAGUCAGGUGAAAGAGAAAUCCCUGGACACCAUAUACAGGGCCACGCCUUACUCUCAAAGACCAAGGAAGGACGAUUUGGAUCUGGAAUGGCGUACAGGCACGUCGGGCAGACUGAUCCUCUACGACGAGGACAGCACCACGAAGGUAGAGGGCGACUGGAAGAGGCGCAACACCCUGCAACACUACCGAGUACCUGACGGCGGAUGCCUCAACCUCGUCUCCAAGCAGAGCUCCAUCUACAACCUGAGCAUCUUCUCCGAGAAGAACGACAAGUCGCACAAGUACGAAACGCUGAACCUGAGCAAGUUCAGCUCGGGCCUGAAAGUGUGGCACCUCGUCAAGCACCACGACAACGACAACCAAAAGGAGGGCGAGAGAGGUAACAAGAUGGUGUCGGAGAUCUAUCUGACGAGGCUGCUGGCCACCAAGGGCACUCUGCAGAAGUUCGUCGACGAUUUGUUCGAGACCAUUUUCAGUACGGCCCAUCGGGGCUCCGCUCUGCCUCUGGCCAUCAAGUACAUGUUCGAUUUCCUGGACGAUCAGGCGCUGCAGCACGGCAUCUCCGAUCCGGAGGUGGUGCACACCUGGAAGAGCAACUCGUUGCCCCUCAGGUUCUGGGUGAACCUCAUCAAGAACCCCAAUUUCGUGUUCGACAUACACAAGUCGAACAUCGUCGAUUCCUGUUUAUCCGUGGUUGCUCAAACGUUUAUGGAUUCCUGUUCCACUUCUGACCAUAGAUUAGGAAAAGAUUCUCCCAGUUCUAAACUUUUGUACGCUAAAGAUAUUCCUUGUUACAAAGAGUGGGUGGAGAGAUAUUAUUCAGAUAUCAAGACGAUGCCUGCCAUAUCAGACCAGGAUAUGAAUGCCAUGUUAGCAGAAGAUUCUAGACUGCACACGACGGAGUUCAAUACGAAUUGUGCGCUGCACGAGCUCUACACGUACGCGAUGAAAUACAACGAGCAACUGACUGUUACCUUGGAAGAGGACGAAUUCUCGCAGAAGCAACGAUUGGCCUACAAGCUGGAGCAGGUGCACAACAUAAUGGCGGAGCAGGGCCAGCCGUGA